GAUUGACCGCUCGCGCUGACUUCACAGUCGCCUUCUUGCAGGCAGUGUAAGGUUCUUGAUCCUUCCUAAAUUACUUGUUUUAAACUUUGAACUUUUGGUGAGUAAUUUUUUUAUUCGAGUUUUUUCCUCCACAAUAUCCUCAUAAGCAUAUUUUUUGUGCAUUUUGUGAAGGAUUUCUUACACCGCCGCCAUGAGACUGCCAAGGCUCUAUAAAGCAGGACUCUGUGCUGCGCGGUUUGUCCUCUUUGUCUGCUUCCAGAAUUUUCCAACACAUUUCAUGAAUCUCCGCUCGUGGUCGGUUUGCGUUAAGUCGUGUCGCCUGUCUAGUAGCUUUUUUGUAAAUCCAACCGCGUUGUGUCGCGUGGUAAAUUAAGAAAUUAAAAUUCAAACGUUUUACGCGUCGCUAUUUUUAUUUCGCGGUAACACGUACAGAAACCCAGACCGCAGCGUUAGUUCCUUGUGGCGCGCUUUUUUUUUUUUUUUAAAUUUGAAAGUAUAUUUUAGUCAUCGCUGGCAUGUUCUAUUUUUGUUUUUUCUUCAUUAAACUAAAUGUUUUGCUGAACUAUUUUUAUCUGCCUUCCCUUCUGAGGGACAACACUGCUUAAACCAGCCUGCUCAAAACCCCUAAAACAAGCCAACUGACCAGGCUGCUCUCCAACUAAAAUCAACUAUCUUAGCCUUGUUUUCGCCUCGUUUUUUUUCUUUUUUUUUUUUUAUAACUCUAACGAGAAUAUAUUUUUCAUGUUUUUUUCCCCUCCAGCCUAUAUCUUAAUUGAGCGGUAGCAUAAAUGGCUCAAAGUAAUUUUUUGAAUUCAGUAAAGUGAUCAAUCCAAGUAUGUAUAGCUGCAGGCCGGAGGUCUCCAAAUGGAGGCGGUGCUACUCCAGAAGGGGCGGGGUUAAUACAAAACUGUUGCAACGACUCCAAAAGGGGCGUCACUUCCACACACGUUUAAAGGCUCUAUAUAUCUUAGCUGGCGGUUUGGUGCUCCCGCCCCUUUUUUGAGCUCUGCCUGCAGCUAUAUCCUUCUCGAUCAAUCAACAAAUAUUUUUGCCUUGUAAGCUUGAACGUUUUACAUAUUGAUUCCACUUACAACUUUUCCAGUGCAUCCCUCACAGAGCCUUACCACCACCAGUACCUUUGCCCCAGCAUCUCUCUAAAUACAUUAAAUACAGUGCAAAAGUGUUGAUCAAAACAAACCUAACCAUGUCCAGUUGUAAUGAGGUGUGUUGUUGUUGCCUCAGUGUAACUGGUGGAAGCCAAGUCCCGCUCACUGCUAGGGUGCUGUUGGGAAUUGUAGUUUUGGCUGAGAGCACUCUCUAGACCUCAGUGUGCUCACAUUGACCACAGACCCCAGUGACAAAAGAGCAGACAGACAGACGACUGCCCUUCACUGACGCUAUGGAUCAUUCCCCCAGCACUAGUCAACUGAUGGCUGGCAACGUGACAAAUAAAAAUGACCCACGCUCGCUGAACUCGAGGGUGUUCAUCGGAAACCUAAACACUAUGCUGGUCACCAAGGCGGAUGUUGAAGCCAUUUUUAGCAAAUAUGGCAAGAUUGUGGGCUGCUCUGUGCAUAAGGGCUAUGCCUUUGUCCAGUACGCCAAUGAGAGGAAUGCACGGGCUGCUGUGGCAGCAGAAGAUGGCCGGAUGAUCGUUGGACAGGUGCUCGAUAUUAAUCUGGCCGCAGAGCCCAAACCUCACAGGUCGAAAACAACAAAGCGAUCAGCUGGAGAUAUGUACAGUGGUUCUGCUUUCGAGCUGGAUUAUGAUUUCCAGAGAGAUUACUAUGACAGAAUGUAUUCAUACCCAUCCCGUGUACCCCCGCCACCCCCUCCUCCUCUCUCGAGGGCUGUGAUCCCUUCCAAGCGUCCACGAGUCAGUAUAAGUGGGGGAACCAGCCGCCGCACCAAAUCCAACUUCCCCUCUUCGUCUAAAAGCAGCCAGCGGUCCACCUCUCGAGCUUUGAAAGCAGAUGACCUCCAAACUAUUAAGAGAGAGCUUGCCCAAAUAAAACACAAGGUUGACUAUCUUCUGGAGAGUCUGGACCGGAUGGAGAAAGAUCACAACAAGAAAUCAGAGGGAAAGAAUGUGAAGCCAGAAGUGGGUGAAGCUUCCUCCCUGCAGCAUUCCAACAAGAAGGAUAGAGAGAGGGAAGAGCAAGAGACAAAUGAUUCUGAGGAGGAAAGAGAUCUGUUGGAAGAAGACGAGGUUAAAAGCCAGGGAGGUGAGAAUGAAGAAGAGGAAGGAGAACAUGAAGAAGAAGGUGAACACGAGGAAGGGGAGGAUGAUGGUGACAGCGUCAAUGGCGAUGAUGCAUAGACUGUUUAUACGUGGUGGACACCAGACUCCAAAUUCAGCACUUUCAAUUCUUUUGAAAGGCUGAAGCCAGUCUUUAAAAGAUUUGUGUAUUUAUAAUGUAGAUGCCUGCGCUCAUAUAAUAACUGACACUACAGUUACAUCACUCUCGCUGAUGUAAGUUUAGUUUUAAUGUUAGCAUGACAUCUUUUCAGGCUUUUGACGUGUCCCUCAACAAACAUUUGUUUUCAAACUACAGAACACAACAUUCUCAGAUUAUUUUAAAUUGCUCUGAUAUGAAUGAAAGAAGAGUUUGUAAGGUUCUUUUACAUUAGCAGAUGGCAGAAUAUGUGCAUUAUGGGUUCUCGAGUGAAACUGACCUGUUCCCUGUUUGUCCUGUAUCCCUAGUGGGAAAAGUCUUUCUUUUUCAGUGAACAAAGCUAUAAUGUGUAUUUUAAAAGGGGAAACUUGAGGGGCUCCUCUAUUAGAGAGCAAAGAAGCUUCCAGGAAAAAUCUAUGUUUGUAUUUACCUGUCUUUUUAUAUUACCCUGUCUCAAUAGUUCUACAGGAAAAUUUCAAUAAAAUAUUAAAGUAAAUGUUUUGUUCUUACAAUCGUUUUAUUUUUCUAUUCAAUUGUACAUAAACUGCAUGGUUGAAUUGCAACACUUCCAAAUCUUUAAUACUGCAAUUUAUAAGUUUGGCAAUGUCAACUGUCUUUUAAUUCUUCAAUUACAUUUUUAUUAAUCUUGCCAAAAUACCCUUAACUCCAAAGCUUUUCUUUUGAGGUGGCAGUGUUAAUCUGCCACAUCAGUUAACAAUGAGCUUUAAAUGUUUAAGUUUAAUGUUGUGCUACCUAUUUGAUUAUUUUGCUGGUGUCUGACCACAUGGGGGUCUGUAAUGUGAGUUUAGCAAAGUAUAUAAUUUCUUUUAGCAAUAUUUUCUGUUAUUUUAUGAAAUAUUCAGCAUAUGAAUUAUGGAACAUAAUACUCUCAAAUUCUGAAGAAAAGUUGACUGUUCUAUGAAGAAUCUUCUGAGAAAGGAAAUGAGCUUGGCAGGUAAAAGGAAUAGUUCACCCAAAAAAUUAAAAUUCCCUCAUCAUUUACUCACCCUCAUGCCAUCCCAGAUGCGUAUGACUUUCUUCUGCUGAACACGAAGAUUUUUAGAAGAAUAUCUAAAAAAGGAGAUAAAGUCAGCAUAAAAGUAAUCCAUAAGACUCCAGUGGUUUAAUCAAUCAAUGUCUUCUGAAGUGAUCCAGUUGGUUUUGAGUGAGAACAGACCAAAAUAUAACUCAUUUUUACAGCAGAUCUUGUCAUUGAAGUCUUUAGGCAUGACUGAUUUCAAGCUCGAUUACACUUAGCACUUGACGCAUGCGCAGAGGUCUAGAUGGUGCUAUGGGAAGUGUAAUCGAGCUUGAAAUAAUGAUUGUUAUAUAGACUGCUGUCAAGAUGUACAGUGAGAAAGGAGUUAUAUUUUGGUCUGUUCUCCCAAAAUCGAUUGGAUCACUUAAGAAGACAUGGAUUAAACCACUGGAGUUUUAUGGAUUACUUUAUGCUCCCUUUUGGGGGCUUUAAAGUUUUGGACCCCAUUUACUUGCAUUGUAUGGACCUACAGAGCUGACAUAUUCUUCUUACAAUCUAUGUGUUCAGCAGAAGAAAGUCAUACACAUCUUGAAAGGUAUGAGGGUGAUGCACAUUUAUUAAUGGGUGUACUGUGUGCUCUCUAUGCAUGUAAGUCUAGUCAACCCACAAAACACAAAUGACACUGAGCAUUAAAUCUGUAAAGGGGAAUUCAAUUUAUUAAUUGUUUAGUGCCAUAAGGCGCAUAUAUAUAUAUAUAUAU